AUGUUGACUGGAAAUGAUACACUUCGCCUCAUCCCUCACCCAAAAGCUGUGAAUCAAGCUAUUUCAACAAAAAAUUUAGACGCAGGGUCGCUGAUCCUCUCGACGCCUUCCAUCGCCGCCGUUCUUCUCGCAACACAAAAGAGUCGUCGGUGCGACGCGUGCUUUCGUUUACCAGCAGAUGGUACUUCGCUGAGACGCUGUACUGGAUGUGGUUCCUACUGGUAUUGCGACGUAGAUUGUCAAACUAAGCAAUGGCACGCCCAUCAUAAGCGGAUAUGCAAAAACUACACAAAGUUCACCGCGUCUCCAGCCUUUCAAUCUCUCCAAGUCCACGAAAAAACCGAUUCCUUGCUACUGUCUCACCUCUUGGCUCAUCUGUCGCUCUUGCCGACGCCAUACGCGCCCGAGGACUCUUCCCCAUUGUCUAUCUUGUUGUCCCUGCUUCCUUCCCCUGUGCCUGACGUGUCUAUUCCUCCCGUUUGUCCCAUCUCUCCAGCACCAUUGCCAGACCUAGUGAGGAUCUUGUAUACUCGGUUCGGGAAUAAUAACUUUGCCAUUCAUUCUCAUUUGACGACGAUUGGACAUGGCGUCUUCCCUCUUGCGAGCCGCUUAUUCAAUCAUUCCUGUGUCCCUAAUGCUGCAGCACGGUACUCGCUAUCUCCCUCACACGGCGUUGGGAUGGAAGUAGUAGCAAUCCGUGAUAUACCUUCUGGCGAACAGAUAUGUAUACCAUACCUUGACCCCGCAAUGACACAAUCGAGACACCAGAUAUUUGAACUUACCUAUGGCUUCCGAUGCGAUUGUUCUUCUUGCCUAUAUAUCAGGUCGCUGGGCACCUUGCCCGAGCUUCCAACAGAACCAACUGAGCUCGACGACUUGGGACGACAAUUACGUGAAUUCGUCGGAAUCAAGGACGCCCUGCUUCUAGCACCGACUCUCCCAACCAAGUCUCUUGAAUCAACCCCAAGCUCCCUUCAUGCAGUCUUUCACGAAGCAUACAUGAGCAGUCUCUCGGAGACCUUCAGCAGAUGUUCUCAUGACGGUGAAUACGACAUAGCCCUCGACACCGGCAUCACGCUCUUAGCUCUCUACAUCCUCAUCUACCCUUCAAAUUACCCUCAAAUCGGGAUGCAUCUACUAGAGCUAGCAAAAACCCAGUCGAACGCUGGUAUCGUGUCACCAAACCUCAGCACUGCGGAAAAACGGAGUAGAGUCAGAGAACAAACGCGGGUUUACCUGUCUUUGGCAUGCUUCAUCUUGCAGAUAUAUGGUCCGGAAGGAGAUGAUGUUGGACCGUUGCAAGAAAUCAAGAUACUUGAGGAUCUGCUAAUUGAAGAGGUCGCCGUCGACACGUGA